UUGACAUUACUCAUACACAUAACAGUUGCGCCGAUAUGUCAUCUGUGCUGAGAAUUUGAAGAGAAAAUUUAUCGGGAUGUUAAUUAUAAGCGGUUUAUUUAUAUGGAUUAAUCAAUUUUAGCAUAAAUCGUAAGCGAGAGACAUUGCUGAGUUAAACAACCGUUUGUGACGCUAUUAGUAAGAAAAAAAAAUUUCAGAAAUUCAUUUCAGAAAUUCCUGAAUCACCAUAUAUUCUGCAAAAUUUUUCGAAUUCAAUUUAUUUAGAUUUAUCGAUCACUCAGAAAUUGACAAUCCUUCUAUUUUCUCUAACGCUCAGUCCGAUAUAAUUUUUUUCAUAAGAAGAUUUCUUAUUGAUUGUAAUAAUGGAAACAUCUAUGGAAGCAGUCUGUUAUCUUGAGAUGUUCUUGUUGGUUUUGUUGAGCAAGGAUUGAAUUAUAAAUACGUCGAGAAAACAUGUGCAGAUGUUGCGGACUACUAUUGGGUGGAUGACAGGUUCGUCGAGGAUGGAUUCCAGCAAGAAAUCAGUGGCGGUUAGUAACAAUGUCGCACAAUCUGAAAAUUCAGACUCCAUAGAGGUAGACAAUUCACGUACAGUCUUGCUAAAAAUAGCAACACUGUAUGCGGAGCGUCUUAUGAAUGAUAUUUGUCUAGUUGUGGAUGGUGUAGAAUAUCCAGCACAUCGACUUAUACUUUGUGCUUCUAGUGAUGUUUUCCAAGUAAUGCUGAUGAGUCCACAAUGGAGUGAGUCUCAAGAAAGCAGGGUAACUCUCCAGGAAACGCCGCAGUGUGCACCAAUAUUUAGCGAAUUUUUGCGCUAUUUUUACACGGGCCAGAUAAGAAUAAAUCAUAGUGUCGUUCUACCGAUAUUGUCCCUAGCUGAUAAGUACAAUGUCAAAGAUUUGAUAUCAUUAUGCCUUGAUUAUAUGCGGAAUCACAUUGCAUUGGCUGCCAUACACGGCACUCUGGUAUCGUGGCUGCAAUAUACGCUGAAUUGCGGACAUCAUGACAUCAGCCAAGCGUGCCAAAACUUUAUCAAAUGGAAUUUGGAACUUGUAGCUAAAACUGCGGACUUCGGGAACUUCGAUUUAGAUAUCCUUGUGUCAUUGUUGCAUCAAAGUAGUUUAGUCAUAAAAGAUGAGAUGACGCUCUACAAGUGCCUAGAAUUUUGGCUAAAUCAUCAAGCAAGUCGUUUAAAAGCACAACUGUCGCCAGACGAAUUAGAAGCAACGUUACAUCAACUAGUGAUAGCGGUAAUGUCACCCGUCAGAUUCCCGAUGAUGUCGCCACGACAAUUGGCGGACUUGCUGCUGUCACCAUUAACGAAGAAAUAUAAAGAAUUUUUCGUAGAACGUAUGUCAAUUGGCAUGUCUUUUCAUUCAGGUCAAAUUGAUAGAGUGAGAGAAGUCAGCCUGACUGAAGAGGAUGGCGCAUUGCUGUUCGAGCCGAGACUUUAUACUGUUGAUACGUGUAGCUCAUUAUUGACCAUAGAGAAUUUUCACAGUUUACCAUCUUAUCAUAUGAGGACACUCGUAUUUUCCAGUCACUCCAGUUUAGCGGAAUAUGCAGGCGAUAGAGUGUGCGAGUGGGUGGUAGAUAUUUAUCCCAAGGGCGUGUGGUUCAAGAAAUUUUUCCUUAUAGUGUGGCAGGGUACGGUGGAGAUGCCCGAACAUGUCAAGCGAUCAGUGAGAUUAUCGUUAACUUGCAAAGAACCAUUAAAUAGUGACAUGCGGGUAAAAAUCGGAGUUUUAAUUUAUGGCUUGCAAGAUGGCGUUGAGCACAUUGCAAGAGUUACUGAAAUUAUUCACAGAUUCAGUAAGAAGGAUCGUGUCCUGAAUCUAGAUGAUCUUCUACCGUUCGAAGAGCUGAAUCCACAACAAGGUUCAGUAUCGGAAAAUGUAGUGUCUCCCUUUUUAGUGGGUCCCAACAAAGACAUGCUCAAAUUACAUAUUGUUAUAUCGCCAGCGAAUUAAUAUUUAUAAAGGAAAUCGGUAUCGAAAAA